AGUUGGUUACAAACUGCUGGAUGGCCAUUCACCCUUAUACCUCUUGCCAUCCUAUACUUUUAUCGCCGAAAAACCGAAGGCUCCAAUGCCAAGUUAUACCUUAUAACACCCCGAAUUUUCAUCGCAUCAUUCGUCAUUGGCGUUGUCACCGGUGUUGAUGAUUUUCUCUAUUCUUGGGGCGGUUCAAAACUUCCUGUGUCAACCUCUUCACUUCUUCUUGCUGCUCAACUUGCCUUCACGGCAAUAGGUGCUUUCUUUAUAGUGAAGUUGAAAUUCACACCCUAUUCUAUCAAUGCAGUGGUUCUGUUGACAGUUGGUGCUGUUUUAUUAGGUGUUCGAUCUAAUGGUGAUCGACCAGAGGGUGUGACUAGUAAAGCCUAUAUUCUUGGUUUUAUGAUGACACUUUUGGCAGCAGCUUUAUAUGGAGUCAUUUUGCCUUGUAUUGAGUUGAUUUACUUGAAGGCAAAGCAAGCUAUUACUGCUACAUUGGUAUUGGAGAUUCAAAUGGUCAUGUGUUUUGCUGCAAUAUCAAGGGAGGCAAAACAAUUUAACCUCGGAGAAGCUAGAUAUUAUACAGUGAUAGUAUGGACUACCAUUAUUUGGCAAUGCUUCUUUGUGGGUGUCAUUGGAGUCAUUUACUGCUCUUCUUCUCUGAUGUCUGGGGUUAUGAUCGCAGUUCUACUUCCUGUUACUGAGGUAUUAGCUGUAGUUUUCUUUAGGGAAAAUUUUUCAGGUGAAAAGGGCCUUGCUCUUUUUCUUUCUCUUUGGGGUUUCAUCUCAUACUUUUACGGAGAGUUUAGACAAACAAAGAAGCAGAAGAAUAAAAGUCCAAAAACUGAGAUGACAAUGAUAAUGCUUGAGAAGACAGACUUGGUCUUUAAUUAUAGGAGCAGAUGGGACUUGAAGCCUCAAGUAAUUUACAUUAAAAAUCUUAAUCAAGUGUUGCAAGGAUAUGAUGUGGAUAUGCUGUCUUAUAUUGAUAUUUGUGUUGAAUACACCGAAGUCCUUAGGUUAAGGGAGGUGAAACAAAUUUUAAUCACAGGGUCUUCAGGUAGAUACUAUGUGGUUGAAGGUGAUGAGGGCAUUAGAAAAUUAAUAUAUGUAUUAUCUGCCAAGUUCAAUGUGGUUCAGUUAUUUGCUAUACAUGAAGGUGAAGAACAAGUAAUAGUUCCUAACAUUAUUCAGUAUAAUGAACAAAAUAUUGUCACAUUAGAGGUUGGUACUGAUUGUGACUCCUCUGAUGAAGAGGGUGCUCGUGAAACUGAUUCUAGUGACUAUGAUCGUGAGCAGUUGGAAGUCUUCUGGAAGGAAAUGACUAAAGAAGUAACUAAUAAACUAGAAAAAUACAAAGAAAUAGAAAAGGGAAUGAGUUUUAAAAGCUUGGCUGAAGCUAAAAGAGUUGCGGAAUUUUAUGGAGUUGCUACUAGCAAGAGCCUUAAAAUAAAGAAGAGUGACACUACUAGGGCGAGAUAUAAAUAUGACAUAGGAUAUCCUUUUGGGUGCCAUUUAUCCAAGGAUCGAAAAGAUCAGGGAUUUAAAAUUAACACAUAA